CCCGUUUUUCAACUCGUCGUUCAGUACAGCACUGUUUCCGUUCAAUUGAACGUUCCAGAAUGUAAAAGCGUACCUACUGAACGCAGCCCUGCAGACAUUUGCAAGUGUUGUUGAGAGAAAGUGAGGGAUGUUGAAAUAUUUCUUUCGAUGGACAAACUGAAAAGGCAGACGAUAUAGUUCGAAUAGCUUGCGUCAUCGAAGUAUUGAGCUAGCAUCGGAGUUAUUACGUUGACACUCCGCAAAGGAAUAACGUUACAAAAAUGUCGUCGCCAAGUCCAGGCAAGAGGCGAAUGGAUACCGACGUGGUGAAACUCAUCGAGAGCAAGCAUGAGGUAACCAUCCUCAGCGGACUCAAUGAGUUUGUGGUCAAGUUCUACGGCCCACAAGGAACACCAUAUGAAGGAGGUGUAUGGAAGGUGCGAGUAGACCUACCAGACAAAUACCCCUUCAAGUCUCCAUCUAUAGGAUUCAUUAAUAAAAUCUUUCAUCCCAACAUUGAUGAAGCGUCAGGGACAGUGUGUCUAGAUGUCAUCAACCAGACGUGGACAGCCCUGUACGACCUGACCAACAUAUUUGAGUCAUUCCUGCCCCAGCUGCUGGCCUACCCCAACCCCAUCGACCCUCUCAACGGAGACGCUGCCGCCAUGUACCUUCACCGGCCAGAGGACUACAAACACAAGAUCAAAGAGUAUCUCCAAAAGUAUGCGACAGAGGAGGCUCUAAAGGAGCAGGAGGAGGGAGGUGACUCCUCAUCUGAGAGUUCCAUGUCUGACUUCUCUGAGGAUGAGGCUCAGGACAUGGAGUUGUAGUGAAGGGGAGACAACCCCCCUCCCCUCACCCACACAGACUAUCAUUUCCUAAAGAGCAGAAGCAAACUAUUAUAUUCAUAUUUAAACAAGGCAAUUGUUUUAUUACUAAACAAACACAUUUUUAUGGAUUAUAUGUAUGAGAAGCGGCAGUGUGAAAUGUCACUCUCCCCCUCGUCAAGGUAUUCUUUAUUACUUACUCAUAGCCCUCCACCACCACCACCACCACCACCACCCACAUUAUUACCCCCUCCUACCCAGAAAGGAGUGCAGCAUUCCCAGGAUCCUAGAUGCCCUCCUGCAGUCUGAGUCGUAUUCUGAUUAACCUUUGACCCAACCAUGAUGGAGCCGAUAUGGAGAGACCAGAGAGCAGUGCAUCAUGGGAAGACAAGACUGUUGUUGUCAUGAUGGAGACAGGGAUGGAAUGUUUACACUCAGUAACCCCGGCCACUCCCAGCCCCAGUUUAGAUUUUUAAUUCUCAGAAUUGUUCUGUAUUUGAUUUGGUGAGUGAAACACUGUUUCAACAGUUACAGCUUUUCCUCCCCUCCCCAUGCUCUAAGAGAAGCUCUCUGUCUCUAGUGCAUGGCCCACUCUCUCUGGAGUCAUUACCACAAUAAGGAAUCACACUUUGAGAUCCAAUUUCACCCAUUGACUUUCUCAAAUGUUCUGCCUUCCUUUGGAUGGGGUUUGAAACUGCCAUCAGGACCACCACAGAAUCACUCCUUCCCAAGGAUCAGUUAGUGGGUUUCAUCCAGACCCACCUAUCCAAUAUGGCUGCCGUUGACCCCUCUGUCAGGCCUCGCCCCAGAGGCCAGUAUGCAAACCUAUCAACCCACCACACCCUGGUUUUCAUAGAAACUGUUCUGUAAACAAGCCUUUCACCCUGUAGCCAGGAGCACCAGCUCACCAACCAAAGACAACCUACCACACCAUUUAACACCCGGGGGGGGGGGGGAGAGCGAGAGAGAGAGAACCAACCUCAUGUUGCCAGACCCAACUGACCUAGGUGGAAAUGAAACAAGACUACUAGAGCCAUAGUAGUUUCUCAUCUCCGUGACAACCCUAACACACACAACAUGACACACUGUUGUUGCUCUGGAGGAGAGAACCACAGAGACAAACUACUAUCAAACCAGGAGCUGUCUGUCACUAAACAAACUCACGCUGUUGUCCACCAGACACUCCUUUAGCCAUCCUCUUUCUCCUCCUCUCCGUUUUAGGAAAGUGUUUGUCAUUCUCUAAGCAUCCUUUUGUACCUUGUGGCAUGAUCCAGAAGUUAAGUUGUGUAGUGCUUUGUUGAGCUUAUUUGCUGUAGAAAUAGAGAAAAGACACGUCUUGUGUGAUGGAUGGGUUUCUAUCUAGAUGUCAGCGGUGUCCAGUCGUAUCCACACUGAGGGCCAGUGCGAGGCCUCGUUCCAUCCAAGCACUAACACACCUGUUUGGACUUCUCAGUCUUUAUGGAAGACUGAUUAGUUGAUUCAGGUGUGUUGGUUUGUACAGAAGCCUGGAGCCACACCAGUGGCCUUCUGUAGAUAAGACUGGACUGCCCUGAUCUAGUGGUUGGGUUGGAUUGGGUUGUUGUGUGGGACUGGGUUGGGAGGUGUUGAGGGGUACCUGGGGACUUGUUGGAUGUAGUGGGGUGGGGUGGAGAGGGAACUAUGCCUGUUGCUUGUGUUCAACUAUAAUAGGUAUUUGACUUGCGUAGUGCUAGUUAAUGUGCCGGAUGGUGAAUCCUAUUAUAUAAUCUAUGGGUUUAUUCCUUCUAUAGCAAGCUAGUUUCAAAGCUAAUCGUCCUGUAAAGGUGAAGCAUUUUGUUUUAAUUUGAUUUGAAUCUGAUCCUCCAAAGACAUGUUGCAUCUCUGUAUCCUUUCUUUUAUGCAAAUGGACCCCUCUGUCUGCAUUGUCAGUGUGCAAGUGAACUUAUCUAGCCUGGUUGUCUGGCUGUUUCUACCGUAGCCAACUCCUUUGUCAUUGUUGUGAUGUCAUGUUGGGCUAAAGCAGAAACACACUGUCUGGCACCCAGGCUAGAUGAGUACAGCUACAUACCCAGACUGGCAAGCAGUGUUUGGGGUUUUUCAACCUUUGUGAUCUAUAUCUCAGCAGCGCCACAUUGGGAGUGCUCCAGGAUUCUCCUCUCUGUUGUGAUCAUGGAGAGGUUGGUCAAGGCUCAUCAACCUACACAGGGUGUCCCAUUCAUGCCACAGUACCGUACAUGGGCCCAAUCAUAUCCCCAGAUUGGUGUGCUUAAUUCUAUAAUAUUAUAUAGGGCACAUUCUAUAUGAGUGUUUCAGAUAGAAAUGUAAUGGGCAUGAGUGUCAAUUUCACACAAUGGAGGAUAUUUUCUAUUCUGUACGUGACAGAACUACCUAUGAUUUUCUAAACAUUGUGCGUCAAUUCGAUAUGCUACUAGUGACGUGUAACUGAAAAAGGUCUAGGUCCUAAACUUUAGGAGCUGAGUGUAUAUUACUGCCAUAAUAAUGGGGACUCUUUGCUCAAAGCAGAUGUCAUAAUGCUUCAAAACACUGUCAUAAGACUGCCGUAAUACUGACAUAAAGCCUGUUACGGGGGUGUACUGGCUACUUGUCACAUUAGAGGAGAUGUCAUCUGUAUUUUUCUUUUUUCUUUUUACUCAUCGCUUUCAUUUGGGACAUCUUAGUCGUACACAUUAGAAUUGAAUCACAAUUUAUUUAAUCCCUUUGUUUUCAUUUUCACAAAAUGCAACAACUGUAAAAUAUACAGUGGGGGAAAAAAGUAUUUAGUCAGCCACCAAUUGUGCAAGUUCUCCCACUUAAAAA